AUGAUGUCUUAUGAAAAUAUUAAUACUUCAUUUGGAUUUUUGUUCAACACUACUGAGUUGUCAGUGUUAGAAGUAAGACAAAAAGCUGGAGAGUUACAAAAAUCGUUUAUGAAUGAAUGUAUUCAUUUUCGUGGUUACUUAAAAGGCUUACCAGAAAGCGUAUCCAUAAAAUUGGUGCUAUAUUUGUGUCGAGUCAUAAAAGAUGAUAAUUUGCUAGAUAUUUACCCAAUACCCAUAUGUUAA